AUGGAAAUGAUUGAAGAUCACUUGGAAGCAAACUUAGAAGGGGAUGCUAAUGAGAUUGAAGAUAACUUGGAAAUGGGUGUAGAUGUUAAUAAGAUUGAAGAUCACUUGAAAGCAGACUUCGAAGGAGAUGUGAUACUCGACCUUGUGCCACCAGUGCAAAGGGAAGUUGAUAUACAAGAUUUAGAGGAUAAUGCUUGGGUUAAUGAAUAUGAUAAGGAAGCUGGUGGGGAGAAUGACUUCAUUGAAGAUACACAAACCUCCCACAAACGCCAUUCCCACAGCCGCCCCUUUCAAUUCGAUCACCAAUUUUCUCCUCUAGGGUUCCUUUUCAAUCGAUUCGCUCCGAUUCCAAAGAAGACAAAGGGUUUAUGA